AUGGGAGACCCGAGUCGAAUCCCGGAUGCAGCUUGGAAGGAACUGCUGGUUGCGGCUCAAACGGCCGCUGGUGAUUCACAUGGUCCACCGCAAAAAAUGCCCGAAGAGAAAAGGAAAUUCAUCGAGAGUGCUAUGUCGGAUCUGGUCCAAAAGACGGAUCCGGUACGCCAAAUGAAGAAGCUCAUCGAUGAUCUGCGGCAAACAGAGGAACCAAAAAAGCAUGAGGAUACUGAAAGGCUAAAAGCCGUUGUCGAUUCUCUGGAGGAUAUCGUUUGUCAGGUGGAUGCGGCAGUGGAUUUCUGUAAAUUGGGAGGAUUAGGAGAGAUUCUGCGAUUGAUGAAUUGUAAAUGCGACGAAGCACGUUGCGAAGUGAUGCGAUUGAUCCCAACACUGGCCCAACACAACCCAAAAGUUCAAGACAUUAUGCUGGAUCAGGAAGUGAUCGCUGCCCUCUUGUCGCUGAUCGUGUCAACAGAAGAGUCUUCGGACGUUCGAGUGAAAGCUUUAAGCGGAGUAUCGUCUGUGGUAAGGGCACAUGAGGGAACAUACAAUUUACUGUAUCUGAAAUAUUUUUUGAGUCGAUUCCGUCAAUUGAAUGGUUUCGUCGUGUUGAUGGAUGCUUUCAAGUUUGCACAUCAUAGCGGAGAUGAAAAGGUGGCCAACAAGACGGCAAUUGUAUUUGCGAAUCUGGCACACGAUCUGGGAUAUCAAGGUGCUCUGGAUCAUGGUCUUCCUUCGUGUAUCAUUCGAAUGUACGGUGAUCUGGCACCGAGCUCGGAUGCGGCAUCGUACUUGAGGGAGUACAUUGAGGAUAAUGUGUCGUUGAAGAGUAUUGAUAGUGAGAACAAAAAGAUCAUCGAAAAAGCUUUACAUGAACAGUUGGAGUAUAAGAAGGAACAUAACGCUGAUGAUCCGGUUUGGAAUUUGGUUAUUGAUUCAUUGCAUGCCAACUGUUAUUUUUAUCAGUGA